CUGUGGGUUCCUAACGUCAUAUAUACACUGGUAUGUUUACUGCAUGAAACUUCGUGUUUCUACAAAACGUUUAGUACUAAAACCUUGCUCGCCAAACGGUGAUUUAGAGAGAGCACUUCAGUGGCUUUCCAAACCGCCAAUUUUCAAGAUCUCCGGCUGCAUCCGCUCCGCUCAUAAUUAGGACUGUGCGUGUUUUUUGGGACACCGCGUGUGGGACAACACACUGUCUCUUCCCAGUCCGAAUUCCACUUUCGGCCGAACUGUUAAAAACUCUGUGCGGCGCAAUAUCGGCAACGCGCGCGGUUCACGUCGCGAGUGUGUGGUGUGUAAAACGUCAGGUUACUAUUUUUUCCACCCCACCCCCUGAAAAAGUUUCAUUCAGAAAAAAGAGUUGUCGCUACGUCAUGUGUUGCCUGGCAACACGUACGGCGUUAUGUGUGAAAGUUUUGUUAUGAUUUUUUGAACUGGGCUGUGAAGUUUGAUCGAAUACGUUUAGAUGUAUAGGGGUUGAUUUUGGAAUGAUUUGGAUGAGAGAUAUUCUCCCUAAGUAUAUUAUAUUCUAGUGAUAUUGGAAAGAAAUAUUGCAGCAUGGUAACUGAAAGGUUGGUUACUCGGGACGUUGUUAUGGAGAGAAGGUGAUGAAGUACCUGUUCAAGAUAUUUGAGGUUUCUGUAACAAGUUGGUGCAUGAAUCUCAUCGAAAAUGCAUCUGACUUCAAACCCACAAACUGUUAGUGGGGCAGCAUCGUCACCAGAAGGCACUGUCUUGUUGAAUGACACCUACACCAAGAUGACAUCUGACAUCCUGGCCGAAAGGACACUGAACGACUUCCUGUCCGAGCACCCAGGCGAGCUGAUCAGAACGGGUAGUCCUCUGUUUGUGUGCACCGUCCUACCUCCCCAUUGGAGGUCGAACAAGACGCUUCCAGUGGCGUUCAAAGUGGUCGCGUUAGGGGAUGUGGGUGACGGUACCGUAGUGACAGUUAGGGCCGGAAACGACGAGAACUAUUGUGCGGAACUCAGAAAUUGUACGGCUGUUAUGAAGAACCAGGUGGCGAAAUUUAAUGACUUGAGGUUCGUGGGAAGAAGUGGAAGGGGAAAGAGCUUCACACUCACAAUCAUGAUCUCUUCAACGCCUCCACAAGUAGCAACCUACAAUAAAGCUAUCAAGGUCACAGUUGAUGGUCCAAGGGAGCCCAGAUCAAAAACAAUGUUUUUUCCAGGACAACAACAACAGUUCCAUUUUGCCUUCGGUCAAAGACCCUUUCCUUUUGCUACUUCAGAUCCUCUCUCAACAUUCAGGAUGCCACCGAUUGGAAAUUGCAAUAAUAUGACCCAGUUUGGCCUCACUUCCACCAACUCCCAUUGGGGCUAUGGGGCCGCAGGUGCAUAUUCUCCAUAUUUCACUCCGAGCACGCUUGGAUCCUGUGCAGCCCCAACAGCAUCACAGUUCAACACUCCAGCCCUAGGUUUUUCUGGAACUACCCCUGAACAAUCCUCAACCCAAGAUGCCUUUGGAAGUAGUUCUUCUGCUACAACAUUACUUCCAGACUCCACAGCAUCGGAUCUGGAUCAACAUCUGGGCUUAGUCAGCCAAAAUCACAACCACGUUCAAAGCCACGCAUCCUCGCUAUUGGUUCCUAGGUAUUCAACAACCCACUCGGACUUCACAAUAUCCGGUCCUAGAUCAAUAUCGGAUAACUCAAGCGCCGCUGAAAGCCCGGUCCAAGAUGACCUUCUGCCGUCCCACUCCACCCUCGGCUCCAACCACCUCAACAGCGCUAACGUGCAGCUGCAUCAAAACAUGACUUCAAGCAGCGCUUAUCCCAGCUCAAACUGUAACAAUUCCAUAUAUCCAGUCCUGCCAGCCAGUCUUUUGUACUCCCAACUAUAUUCUGCAGCCAACCAGAGCCAUAACUUCCACUCCUUCCACUCUCACACCAGCCAGAGCCACCACAACGAUAUCCAGAGCGUUAUGGAUCAACUGUCGACUAAUCAGAGACAGAUGAAUGGCAGUACAGAUCUCUUACUUGCCAACAAUGUGACUUGUGCUGCUGCGGCUGCUCGUCAAGAGGAAACUCAUCCAAGGGGUCUUAGCUCGGGUACACCAAGAGGCCCUGCGCAAAAUGGUGAAUCGGUAGUGUGGAGACCUUAUUGAGUGAGAGCCGUUAAGUUGUUAUUGAAAAGAUAUGUGAUUAUUUGUGCAAUAUUAGGUAGUCUUUUUCAAUUAUUUAUAGACUUCCGAUAUAACCAACGAUGAUAGUUUUUGAGAUAUCGAUAUUUUGUAUUGAUUUGAAGUUUAAUUAUGUUAUGUUAUAUCGUUUGUGUUUGUAUAAAGCACCUAAUGGAAUUUUUCAGGUUGUUAAACUAAAAUUAAGAAUAUUCUUUUCCUGCCUAUGAGAACAACGUCCAUGUAAUGGUCAAUAUCAGUAAAGUGAGUGCAAACGUUUUUUUUAUAUUUCGUAUUUGCUGGGUUCAUCUAAUUAACUGUUCGGAAAUUAACUUUAGUUUGAAUGAACCAAAAAAAAAAACGGAAUAACGAAAAAGAUCUUUGCAGUCAACGAUUAUCAUGAUUGAUUUAAUGAAUACCAAAAAACGAAUUUUAAAGGAAAAAAAAUCAAAUGAAAAAUUGAGAAGCUAAUUGAAAAAUGAUAUCACAUAUAACUCUAACUUUUGAUUUGUAUAUAUGUAAAGGGUGAUUCAUUAGCAAUGGGCAUCAAUAUCUAUAUCGAAAACAAACUUUAUAUUUGAAUCAUAUCAAACAGGAAAUUGAAAGCAAUGAAUAAAAAAAUAAUAAUUUUAAGUUCAAAGUGAUUAUUCUGUUAAACUUGAGACAAUUAUUAAAAAACCUUGAGGCUUUCGCUCUUAUGGGAAGUAAUGUGAAUUUCUAGAUAAUUUCCGAAUGUUAUCUUCUCGAAUAGAUGGAUAUAAUUCGAAUCUUCACCUUUAUCACCAAUGUUCAAUUGAUCUAGAUUUAUAAAAUAAUUUCAUACUGAUCAAUCUUAUUUAGAGAGAGCAUAGUUAACAUUUGGCUUAUUGUAACUUCAGUUUGAGGUUCUCAUUGAAAUAAAUCACCCUGUAUCUUGUUAUUUCUCUUGGAAAUGAAAACAAAUAUCAUUAAUUAGUUCCAAAAUUUCACUUCCUUCUGGUUGUACAUAUGUAAAUAAUAUAAUUCAUUAAAAAUAACGAUCAAAAACUAUAAGUAGUUAGUAUUCAUCCUGAUCACUUCGUCAAAAAUUUUAUACAGAUCACCAUUGUUUUUUCAAUUGAGAAAUUUGGUUUAUUAUAGACAAAUCAAAUCAAAGGGAAUAAAGCGAAACAUAAUUCCCGCAAUUUAAAUUUGUGAAAAUAAAGUUUUGAUUCAUUUCAUUCCAUAGAGAAUUUCCAUCAAGUAAGGAUAUAUGCGAUGAUUUAUGGAUCACAGAAUUUAAUUGUAGUUCCUUAUGAAUGUGUGAGAAUCAAAGACUUUAUUAAGUAAUUAUUCAUUUUCUUUAUUAAUGUCCUCAAGAAGUAUAAGACUUCUAUUGUUGAGCUAAAACCAAACGAGUGGUAUUUGACCAAUGUUUUUGGGCGAUAUUCACCUUAUGCUUUGAUCUGUGCAGUAUUGACCGAAUCAAUUUUUUGGAAUUCACUCUCUAGUGGCAGGAUUAAAAUGAAUAUUUCGAAUUUUUCAAGUGAUCCGAACUGUAAAACUAGCUUUAACUCGAGCAGGCAUUCAAUGUAAAAAGUUGAUUUGUUAUGUAAAUUAACAACGAUAUGAAGUAUACAAUGUAAGAAUU